UAGCUGAAAGUGCUUUUGUAAUCAUUUAAAUAUUUCGUCACGCGAUUGUCCCCGUAGACAGUGGUAGAUGACUUUGUAGAGCCCGCCAUUCAUGAUGUGGUGCUGUUGUUCAGUGAUUCAUCACAGCAAGAAAACUGAACCUGACACCGACAGAGGUAACCUUUGAUGGCUGUCCAUCGCCAUGGCAACUCAGGAAGCAUACAUCGCUGCCAUCGAUAUCGGCACGACCACCCUCCGAUGCCACAUCUAUAAUGAAAAGGCCGAGAUCAAAGGGAUCGGCGUACAGAAGACCAGUGUUCAUCGUCCUAGCCAAGGAAUGGUGGAGAUUUUGCCGGACGUCCUCUGGGAGAAGUUCACUACUGCCGUGAAGGAUGCCAUUACACAAGCUAAACUGGAACCAGAGCAGGUCGUUGCCAUGGGGAUAUCGACACUCAGGGCCACUUUCAUAACAUGGAACAGGGAAACGGGGGAACCAUACCACAACUUCAUCUGUUGGAAUGAUACACGGGCUGAAAAACUUGCAAAAACUAUCAACCAGUCUGCCUCUUUCUGGUGCCUGAGAAAAGGAUCCAAGUUGGUGCAUAUCUUCUCCCGCAUGCAACGGUUUGAGGCUGGCAGCAUCUUUCAAUUCAUGUCGCUCUAUGCCUCUAUAAAACUGUACUGGGUCCUGCUAAACAUUCCUGGAGUGAAAGAAGAUGCCCUAGAAAAUAAGGUCUUGUUUGGCACAAUUGAAACUUGGCUUGUUUGGAAACUUACCAAAGGGAAAGUUCAUGCCACAGAUCUCUCCAACAUCGCUUCAACAAGCUUGUAUGAUUUGUACAAUAAAAGUUGGAACACCAUCCAUAUGCGCUACCUGGGAAUUCCCUUAAGUAUGAUGCCAGAAAUCAAAGACACAAGUGGCGAUUUUGGAGAAUGUGAUCCUGAAGUCUUUGGUGCGUCUAUUCCCAUCAGAGCUGUGGUUGGUGAUCAGCAGGGUUCAUCGUUCGGACAGUGUUGCUUCAGAGAAGGGGAAGUGAAGGUUACCAUGGGAACAGGAACAUUCCUUGUGAUGAACACCGGAAGUAAAAUAUGUCUUCCUGUAAAUGGUGUCUAUCCUACUAUUGGUUGGAAAAUUGGGGAUGAAAUCGUUUACCAGUUGGAGUGCCAAGAUACUGAUGCGGGCACGGUGAUCGAGUGGGGCUUACAAAUGGGUUUGUAUGAAACCCCGGCCAAGUCAGUUGAAGUCGCAAACUCUGUGGAGGACGCGGGUGGGGUUUGCUUUGUGCCUGCCUUCUAUGGUUUGCAGGCGCCCAUCAAUGAUUACCAUGCCUGCUGCUCUCUGAUUGGUCUAAGGCCCUCGACAACGCCAGCCCACAUCACCAGAGCUUCUCUAGAGUCCAUCGCAUUCAGACUUGUUCAGCUGUAUAACACUGCCACGAAAAGAAGCGGGACAAAAGUUCGACCAGGCUUGAGGUUUGAUGGUGGUGUGAGCAACAAUGAUUUCAUCGUCCAGUUAGUGUCCAAUUUGCUCGUACAGAAGAUUGACCGGCCGUGCAACCUGGACAUGUCAUGUCUGGGAGCAGCAUUCUUGGCUGGACUAGGGGCAGGAGUGUGGAAGAGUAAAGAGGAACUGAUCCCCCUCCGAGCAACUCAAGCCAUCUUUGAACCUGAGGAAGCCAUUAAGAAAUACGAACCCAUCUGUAGGACUUGGAUGCGGGCAGUCAACAGGUCACUAAAUUGGUAUGUAUGAUAUAAGCAAAGGGCAAAGGUCAACCUGUAUUAAGAAUUUUUUUUUUUUAAGAAAUCAUUAGAAAGAAUUGAUUAUUUUAAAAGAUUUGUCAGGGGAAAGAAGUUUAUAGUUUCUAAAUUAAUGUUAUAUAAUCAUAAAGUGUUUUGCACCUGGAAAAACCAAAGGCUUUCAAGUGCUACAAAUUUAUUAUUCCAAUUUAAGAAUCGGGAUUGUAUAUGCAUAGAGCAAGGAAUGUAGUGUUCAGUUUGAAAGUAUUUUAAGGGUGUGACUUUGCGUAUAAUUUUGUAAACGUUUAGCAAAUAUUUUACAAACCGUUUAAACGUUUAGCCAUUUCACAAAGGCUGACACCUGCCCCACUAUAUCUGCAGACUGGCGUGAUUGACAUGAUUGACAGUACUUGAAACAGUAAAAACUUAAGUAUGUGUAAUCAACUACUUCGGUGCUUCUAACGUUUUGCAAUUAAAUAGCUUAAUUAUUUGUUGUAUGUAUCUUUAUAACUGAACUAAGAUCAGGUUACGGGUUGCGCGGCUAAAACAUUUUUGAAAAUGUGUGUAAUGGAUUUAGAAUAUUAUUUCGUUUAAACGUUGAAACGUGUAAACGUCUCAUCCUUAAAUUGUAUGUUACGUUUUCACUGUAAAAGACAUCAUAUUUAUGGGAAAACCAUAUUACAGACUUCCUUUCUAACGUUUCAGUUCGUACCUCAAAUGCAUGUUUUUGAAAGUGUCACAGUACUUUUUCCAUUUUGUAUUUAAUCAUCUUUUGAAGGUUUACCACGUACCGUCUGUGCCUAGUAUUGUUAUUACAGUCACUGGUGGUUCCUGUUUACAAACUUAUCAGAACAUGAGUUAAAACUCCAAGAAAUGGACACAUAUGAAUACAGAGGUAUUCUAAUAAAGUGUCAGACAAUUUUUAUGUCUUUCCUGUAAAUUUACAUUGCAUAUCGAAAAAGGUGCCAGAAUUUUGUUGUAAAGUUACAUGGACAUGCUGCUUUCAUGAAAUUCAAUCAGUUUGUUGUUUAAUUGUUGUUGCCUGUACUACAUGUACAUUCCAAAUAUGGUGUUUUUUUAUACAAAAGUUUUUAAAAGUUUAGAUAUAAUUGUAUGCAAAUUAAAUUUCUAUAAAUGGAACCUUUUUUUUUUUAGGAAUGUGUUCCAUUCUGUUUUUGUGGCUUUUAUUUUUAACAAGCAAGAUAUGCAGAAAUCAACAAUGAAUUUUUUUUUUGGUUCUACAUAAUUACAAGUAAAUAUGUAUGCAUAGCAUUAGAAGUCAUCGCUGUACUAUAGAUGAUCACAAGUUAUAGAGGGCAGUAGACAAGUCAAACAAUGUUCAUUGGUAUCCAGCAGUGGUUGGCUGGUUUACGCAUUGGAUCUUUAUCAGGUGUUGUAGAGCUUGGUUUUGCAUUCAUAACACAAACAGAUUGACUUUUACCACUAGAGGGCGACAGACUCUAAACUUUAAGGACCCUACUGAAUGAACCAAAAAUAUACAAUUGCAAUUGUAGCUAAUGAUACAAAAUAAUUAUUGUUAAAUUUUUGUACAUAAGGUAUCAGUUUGUAAACUAAUUUUUGAUUGGAAGAAAGUUUUGAUGUAUUCAUUAUUGCUAUUAGAUAAUAUAAAAAAAAUAAUCAUGUACAGUCAUGAAAUGAAAAGUAAUACAAUUGUUUUUUUUUUUUAAAUCUAUCAAUAUCCGGGUACUACUGUUGCAAACCACUUUUUGUACAUUUUGUUAACUUACAAUUUAUAUAAAAACUACUGUACAUUGAAGAAAGACUACAUGAUGUUCAAAAUUAUAAUAAAAUCAGGUAAGAUUUUCAAACCGA